AUGCGACUGGUGUUCCACAAACUUAUCGUUCCUCGAGAUCCGCUACCGUUAAAUGCCAGUUGCCAGGCUCUAUUUGACAAGUGGAAGCUCCCCCCUAACGCUCUUUUACCCGGGCAAACCCCACUGGACCCACCUCCCUUCGAGUACUUUUCCACGCGCAAUGUAAAUGAAGAUUACAUCAAAUCACCCCGGCUAGCGGUGACCAAACUCUUGACUAAACGAUGGUGUGAGGCGAGAGAGUACUAUACGAUUUACUUGGGCUCUCCCGUGGUCCGAAACGCGGCGAUGACCAAAGGUACGGUCCACCAUACGCGUCUUGAAGACCUGACCCAUAAACGCGUCGACACGUCUAAGCUUCGGGCGUACCUUCGCCAACUUGCCGAACUCGUUCCCGAAGGCAAUCUUGCAUUGGUAAAUGGUGCCGAAACCAGCUAUGGCGCCCGCUGGGCUAAUCAAAUCAUCGCUCGGUUAUUUCUGCUCUUUACCACCUCCACCGCUCGUGAGAUCAUGAUUCACGGGUGGAUUGACCUUGACAAUGGCAAACUAUGUGGUCCUGAUGUGGCCAACGCCGUUCCCGUCAAUGGCGUGAUUGAUUUGGUGAAGUUAGUCAAUCAGGAAAACUCCCGUGACUGGUCGAUGGUGGAGGAUGUGAUUAAUCAACUCGAUGGUAAUAACCGACUGAUCGAUGGGCUUUUGAGUCAAUUUGAAAUCGCCGCUAAAGGUCACGGAGAUACUAAGAUUGUCGUGACUGAUGUCAAGACCCGACCCUUCAGUAAAGCUCCCGAACAACCGCUGGUAGUGGAAGCCGCCGAGCUCCAAACGCUUUACUAUCAUCGCAUGCUUGAUACUUUAUCAAGAGACCCCCAGCAAACGUACCGCAGUCUUCUUGCCAACGCUGAGAGUUUUGGUUUAGACGUGGAUGCUCCCCUCAGCUACGUUGGCCUCAUCGAGAUGCUUGCUAAGCCCGAGGGUGACUUAUUAGCUCAUGAUUUGAAGCUGAUUGCCAAUGGUGAACUGUUUGGCUUCAGUGACUACGAUAAUCAUGAGUUCAAAACUGAUGUAGUGUACGAUCCAUCAACUUUGGUGACCACCCCGGAACAACUAGCACAAAUCUGCGAAAUUCAUGCCAUUGAGCCACUUCUUACGCCUUUACUCAAGCCCUGGAAGCGAGCACCUACCCUCAGGUUCCUCGCUGCUCGCGCAGCACAGAUGUAUCAUUUGUGCUAUAAACGUAUGGCCGAUACCACUACCGUGGAGUAUCACAAUUCGCAUACCGGCCACCGCUUUGAGACCCAAGUGAUCUCGGUGUCACGUAACCGGCUUGACGAGGCCACCGCCCACGCUCUGGAAUUUUGGCGUGGAGCUCGCCCUCCUGAGUACGCUGACACUGUGGCCAUGUGUAAAAACUGUACGUUCGCUGCUAAGUGUCGUCGGCCCAACGGAGCCACUGCGGAAGACGAGGCCCGACUCGAAGUGGGGCGUCAGCUCUACAACUACCUCGAAGAUGUGGCCGCCCAUCAAAAAGACUCUUCCACCUAA